GCUCUCCGAAUUCUUCCGUUACGCGCUCGUCCGCUCGCUUCGCUCGCCGAAUUUUGUUUCCGUCCUCGCCGGGAGCCUAUUCGCAGGCUAUAACUGACUCUCCAAAUAACAUCUGUAGGGUGCAAACACACGGUCGAGGCAGAAAAAGCUAGUGCCACUUGCGGCCGUUUUCUAGUAUAUAGGGGUCUUCUUUCACGGUCACGCUUGAGGUGGAAGAAGACCCCCGUGAUAUACUAGAAAACGGCCGGAAGUGGCACUAGCUUUUUCUGCCUCGAUACUGUCAAGAAGGAAUAUUGCCUGCUUAGCUCAUCGAAUGAAUUCGAAAAGUGAAGAAACAUUUCAUGUACCUUAGGAAGGUACAAGUUCUAUGAUCAAAUUUUCGACGCGGAGUUGUUAUCGUAAAAAAAAAGCCGACUUCACACCAGAGACGGGAAAGUCAACUUGUUUUCGUCUGUGACGAGGCUCCGUCCUCGUGUGAUAACGGGACGGAACGGGACGGGAAACUCGUCCAAAUAUCCGUCUGAGUCGACAAGAUUUGGCUGCUUCUAGAUGAGAUUCUCGUCGAAUUAUGUCACGAAUUCACACUUAAACGGUUUUCUUAUCGAGUUUUGGGAGGAACUUUCACCGAAAGGACUGGAACUAAAACAAAAGGAAAUAAACAUGUGGGUUAUAGGAUAACAUAAUGUGAAGGCCAUGUGAAGGCCAAGGUUAGGUAGACGUGACACAGGUCCAGACGAGUAUAUCGUCCUUAAGCGUGUUACGGCUAAAUUUAAAGGUUCAAAGUCAGGAAUCAAAAUAAUAAUUGAUAUAAAUUGACAGCAUUUAAUUGAUUGAUAUCAAAUAUUGAUGGACACUCAAUAUGUUUUGUGAUAUGUAAUUCAAAUAUAUAAAUAUAAAUAUCUAAUAUAAUCAUUAAUUAAUAAAUUUUAUAUUUACGAAAUGGCCCAAAAAGAUGACUCUAUCUAUAUUGAAAUUAAAGUUCGAGUCUGAGAGCUGAGUUAGCCAGUUACUUUCCUGUUAGACCCCUGUACAAGUCCUAUAUUGGAAGCAGCUGAUUAAAAGGAAAACAGAUAAGCUCUGAAAAAGAUAGAAAACCAAAAACCAAACAAUAUUUCGUUCACGUUGUUUAGCAUUACGUCAUUGCUGAAAUAUUAGUGGAUCUCCAAGUUACCUCUCUCAUAUGAUCUGACCUCGUGGGAAAAUUGAUCUUUGUAAACAAGCCAGCACGAGUCUACCAUUUGACUAAAAUUUUUAUUUCGUGCUCGGUUCAUUGUCUGAGAUCCGAGCAGAGUUGGUUAAGGAGGGAUUCGCAAACAAAGGAGAGAAAACUAUAAAGGAUCUCUCCAACACAUCAAUACCAUACACUUAAUGGCCUAUCAUCUGUGCAUAGAAGCUUCAUCUGUGAGCACUCCACUGGCUGACGAUAGCGAAACCCACAUCUUGCAUGUGGAGUUCUAUGGCACUGGUCGAGAUGACUACCGAGUUAGUUACGAAAAACUGGAACGUACCUUACUAACAGAGUAUCUCAAACUACGUGACGGGUCUGAUUUUUACCGGAAGCUCAUGAAGUUGACAUUCGCUAUCUCGCCAACAGACGAAACGAAUGUCUUCUGCAGAAACGUUCUGGAGAGAGGAAUAUUUUGUCGUCAACAAGUCUAUCGAUUCCUUGGUCACUCGGAUGAACAACUAAAGAAAAAGUCGUGUUUUAUGAUGAGUGCUUUGCAUGAAAAAAUUCACGAGCUUUUGGCGCAGUUUGGCGACUUUACAGGAGAGCGAAACAUAGGAAAGCGGGCAAGAAAAAUUGGCAUGCUCUUCUCGAAGCUGAAUGAGCCCCUAGACUUGGCUGCAGAUGAGUACGAAGUUGAGCCAGAGACGAGACGUGGAGUCUUCAGAUCACAGUCUUUGGCCGAUGGAUGUGGUUUUAUGCCCCGGGAAUUCUCUUCCGCAGUACAAGAGCUCUUUCAACUCCAUCAUCAGCCCAGCGCCGUCUAUGUCCGCUAUCGUGGCAUCGAGGGUAUGCUGGUACUCAAAGAAGAUUUGCCCGAAGUUAAACUGCUGUUCCACAACUCAAUGCAGAAAUUUGUCACCCCAGAUGAGAACAUGCCUAAAGAUUUCAGCUUCGCUGAUGUCGUAGAUUAUUCCCGCCCUUACGUCAACGGAUACCUCGACAAUCGAAUGGUCAUGCUUCUGGCCGAGGCAGGAGUUUCCUUUGUGCAUCUCGAAGAAUUGCAGGCAGGUUACUACGAAUUACUGGAAAACAUGAUCAGGAAUACGGCGGCUGCUGAGUACUUUCUGCGUUUAAGAGGGGAAGUCCAGUUCCUGGAACACAUUCAUGAGAACGGAGUUGACAGUCGCGUUAAAGACUACUUUAAGUUCUUACUGAUACAAGAGUUGGACAAGAUUAAGGCAGCUGCUUUCACGCGAAUCCUGGUCCCCAAGUCCCGAGUCGUGUUCGUCGUACGUGAUCCUUACGGCAAGUUGAAGCAAGACGAGUGCUACUUCAAGCCAACGAUACCCGACGACGAUAACAGCUUUACCACUGCGGGAAAAAUUGUCGUCGUGCACAUGCCAUGCCAUCAUCCUGGAGAUGUGCAAGUCUUAAAACUCAAUCAGGAGAUGCCUGGGUACGAAAACCUGAGGGACUGUUUGGUACUGUCCGCAAAUGACCCAUGCCAUGGAAUGUUCGAAGGCGUUCAAGCAGAUCUGAGAGGGAAUCGCUUCUUCGUUAGCUGGGACAAAGAUCUCAUUCCAAAAUCAACAGAAGCACCGUGCGAUUACCUACCGACAAUUACAGCUAAACUUCGGGAGGCUUCUGCCAGGUCCGUGUCGAAUUUAUCCGCGAAAAUGAAGAAAGGUCAACGAAGUAGUUAUUUGAAAGAUAGAGAAGAAAUGCUCCGGUACUUUGCCGCAUUCUCAGAUGAGACACCGAAGAUUGAAGAAGAAUACAUGAAAUAUGCGAUUGCCUUGGGUCCAUCAUCGAAAGAGUGUCGACAACUGAGCAAGUUGCUCUACCAAGCAGCAAGCUUCACCGAAGAUCCAGCUACCUUGCAGAAAAAGCUGGAGCAAAUCAAACAGUCAAGUUCCACGGUGGACGAAGAACAAGGUGACAUGGAUGAAUAUGGGAAUCUCCGACGUGCACCGGAAACGACCACCAGCGAGGUGCAGUGUUCGCCCGUUCGCCUUACCAUGCGCCGUUCAAGCCGAUCCCGCCUCCCUGGCCAUGAGAUAUGGAAGGACAUUAACAUGAAAGCCGAAGCAUUUCUGGACCGAAUGCUGCGUGAAAUUCACAAAUGCGUCGCUUAGGCCUAGGCCCCAUGCAGAGGUGGAGGGUGGGAUGUGACGUUUUAGUUCUUUUUCUCACUCAUUAUUCACCCCCGCGGCCAGUUCGCCUCGGGGAAGAAUUUGCGCAGGGUUCAAACUUUUAGUCCACGUAUUAGUCUCGUUUUGAAGACAUUUUUAUUGCCAGUAAGAUGUAUUUUUUUGUUUCCUGGUCCUAGUUAGACUUAAUUACAGUUAAUGAAAUCCGUAUGCAUAACUAGAACGCACCAGUAAACGAGUUAGAUCGAAGUCCUGAUCUUCAAGGGUACGUGCUGCCAGCAGCUGUAAUUUCAACGCGAUGAACGCUACUUGAACGCGAUGAGCGCGAUUUGACCGCGUUUUGAACGCGUUGAACGCAACAUCAUUAGAAUUCCUAUGAACGUGAUAAAAUGAAAUUUUUGUAUCAGAGUAUAGACCUUAACAACGAGAAGAUCGUAUAAACUGCAUAGCCACGACGCAGAGUUCCAUUGUAUACCUUAUGUAAAUAUUAAGAGAAAACGUUAGGCAGAUGGUAUAUAGUACAUAAGUGAUUAUGAAAUGUGUUUUAUCGAUUUUAUUAUCGUUACUGCGAUUGAGAAGUUCCACGGGGAGAACAAAUUAAGUAUGUAUGUAUAUUUAACUCCAGCGUCAUGUGAUCAACUCAAUUAAAAAUCAGCCUUACUUCUAAAA